GGCAGUUGAACAGUUGGCGACUACGCGACCGGGCGCGUCUGUGUGAGUGCAUGAGUCACGUUUGUUGUUACUGUAGUGAAAUACUCGUUUCUCCUUCUCCCAUACUCGUCCGACCGCGACGAAACCGCCUAUUUCGAGUAGUCUCCUGCUAUCACUCGCCUGAUAACCGCGUGCUGCUCCUUGCGCGCCCGAACCCAAAACAGUUUCCUUGUGUUUCCAUGCUAUUCAUAGCAGAACCCGACCGCAUUGCGAAAGUGUGUGAUUUGAUUUUGUGAGAACAGACCGUAUGUUCUAAGUGCACCGUCUCCAGUCCAAAGGUUUCUCCGCCGACUUGCACUUUUCAUCCUCGCCGAGCGCCUCCCGGCAUUUUACACGCUCAGAAAAAAUACACAUUCUCAAAACCGGGCAUCACAUCAAAUUGGCGUUGAAUAUUGUCAACCUGUUUACGAGGCAUGUAAUCGGUGAGUGGACCCUGCGAGCGUGCGCCUGGAGCAACUCGAGCGGCAGCAUGAGCACCGGCUGAGCCGUAGCGCCGAGGCCCACCAAGCUUAUUUCCUCGCCGAGAGGCUGAAACCGACCCCGGUUACAGCUCCACCGCCACCGUCCAGAGCCCCGGCCCCAGCCCCGAACCCAACCGUCCGACACCAAUCAUGGGCACCGCCGUCGCAGACAUCUACCAUGAUUCUGUAUCAAACAGUGGGAAGUCUCGCAGAUUUGACAAUCAAAACAACAAUAUCAACAUGUUUCCAAGGAAGGAAAAUCCUGCCAAACCAUUCCGGAAAGCUCUUCCUCAGAUUCUAGCCGUUACGGCCAAAAACCUUCUAGUUAUCACAUAUGGCAUGACACUAGGAUUGCCAUCAAUCGCUAUUCCAGCGCUGCAAGAAAAGAGGAACUCAACGAUGAAUGAUGGGCAUCCUCAUGAUCAGCUUACCCUCGAUGAAGCUCAAAUUUCAAUUUUUAGUUCUUUAAAUUUAAUUUGCGUCCCAAUUGGAUGUCUGUUGUCCGGUGUUCUGACGCAGCCAUUUGGAAGGAAGCGAUGUAUGAUAUUCCUGAAUCUUCCAUUUAUUGUUGCAUUCUUAAGUUUUUGUUACUCAAGCAGUGUUCCAAUGCUCUAUACUGCCUUAAUCAUCUCCGGUCUUUCGGGUGGACUUCUUGAAGCGCCUGUACUUACAUAUGUCGCUGAAAUCACAGAGCCUCAUUUGCGGGGAAUGUUAUCUGCCACAGCCAGUAUGACAACAAUAUUGGGGACGGUAUCACAGCUUCUGUUGGGUAAUUUCUUCACCUGGCGAACGGUGGCACUCAUUGAUUUAUUCUUCCCAGUGGCAGCAAUCGUUGCAUUAUGCUUUGUUCCUGAAAGUCCACAUUGGCUCAUCAGCAAAGGUAGAAUAACAGCUGCGGAGAAGGCAUUGUGCUGGCUGCGUGGUUGGGUUGAACCAGACUCGGUCCAAAGUGAGCUUUCACUCUUGCAGAAGUCACACGAUCAGUCAUUGAAUAGAUCAUCACCCACAAGUUCCAUGUAUAUCAUGUACAUGAAGCGAACAUUCCUCAUUCCAUUCUUAAUCAUUACCAUGUCAUACUUCAUUGGACAUUUCGGUGGUAUGACUGUCAUCCAAACUUAUGUGGUCAGUAUUUUUGAAGAUUUGGGUGCGCCAAUUGACAAAUAUUUUGCGGCCAUGCUCUUCGGGUUGGUAGAGCUGGCUGGUGCGUUGACGUGCGUCGGUCUCAUUCACUACACAGGGAAGAGGCCCCUUACCAUGUUCUCAACAGUCGGUUGUGGUAUCUGUCUGUUUGGUGUUGCAACCUGUGCCUAUAUGGGCUACGGUGAUGCCAGCUCAAAAUCUCAGUAUUCUUCUUUCUCCACAAUGCUACUCCUAGCCACAGCAUACUUGUCACACGCAUCGAUCAGGCUUUUGCCUUGGAUCAUGAUUGGAGAGAUCUACCCUGCUGAGAUCAAAGGAAUGGCAAGUGGGGCAUCUGCGUCUGUCAGUUACAUCUUUGCCUUCACCGCAAAUAUCUCCUACGAUACUAUGAUCCGCUACCUCAGCCUGCAUGGCACAAUGUACUUCUACUCAGCCAUCAGUUUGCUUGGCAGUCUGUUCCUGUAUUACUGCUUGCCUGAAACUGAAAAUCGCACUCUCCAUGAGAUCGAAAAUCACUUUGCGAACAAGGAGCACCUCUUCAAGAAGAAAAUCUCCAAGACGGACAUCCUCCACCGAAAAGAUGAGAAGCCAGUUCACGCGUAGUUUUUUUAUGUGGUGGAAUUUCAAUGUGCACCGAGAGGCAACGGAAGGACGAACGCUUUGGUCUUAGCGCUAACUUGCACCGAAUUAUUUUCAGAUGGAUGAAUUUCAUGUGCCACUCUAUUUUUUAAGUUUGCAUGUACUUUGGAAGCUGAUGUUUUUACGUCUGUUGUUUUGUUGUAUUCAUUUAUCGAAGAAGCACCAUUUCCCACUGGCAGAACAUUUCCCAACUGUGUGAGUAAAAAUGUUUGACUGUCUCUAAAAAGAAUAUGACAGAGUCUGGAAAAGGAGACUGCAAUAAAAAAAGGUUGAAUUUAAACCAACCAUAUUUUUCUUCUCAUGCAGAUUAGCUCUGCAUCUUUGGCUGUGAAAAUCCAAGGUGUCUAUUAAUUGGAAAAAUAUGGAUACACUGAAAAUGCACGGAUUUCGAAAGGUCAGAUUAGAAAUACAGAAAAUGUAAAGAUUUUCUGUGAAUAGGUACAGAUGAAAAAUUACCUAUUAAUGUGUUAAGGAAAAGAAUUCUAUCCUUCGUAGAGUCAAAAAUAUGUGUGAGGCAAGAAAAGAGCAAAAAAGGUGUAUGAAAAGCAACGAUACUUAAAAACCCCCAAAGAGAGGAAUUUUUGGGGAAGUUAGGACGAAGCAAGGAUUUUAAAUGAUGAGGUACUGGGACACACCGUGUUAAUCAAUCAUAAUAAACGAGUAAAAUCAAGAAGAUUGUGUAGGUACGAAGACUGACAAAAAGGAGAGAUAGCAAUUCAGUCUUCCUUUGAGAAUUGUGAAGUGUACGAAAUGAUUCUGCCCGGUGGAUCAUGGUGAAGAAUUGUGUGCCAUUUGUCUUAUGUUUUUAAUGCUCUUAUUUUAGAUGUAUUGGUAUGUUUUUUACGUAUAACCACUUUUGUCAUGCUGUUAACCAAAUUAAUAACUUUCUGUGCCAAGUGUUCCAGUUUUGGAUGAACUCAUCAACCAUCAUCCUAGGCCAUCUAUGUUUAAGUAGCAAUGACAUGAGCAUUUUGCAGCUUUGCGAAGCUCCGUGAAAUUUUAAACGAAUAUCAGGUCCUUUUCAAAGCUGCCUAAAUCUUGUCAUAUUAAGUAGUGUGAACAAUGAAACACUUUGGAACAUGAGCAUAUGAAGGAGUUAUGUUUUAUAUAUAUUUAUACAGGCCUAUCUGUGUGCCUAAAAUUAUUUUAAGGACAGGGGAUGGGGUUACAGCCCAGUUAUACACAUCACCAACAAAGCGAUCCUAUUGGUGAGAUAUCAAUAGAAUUGCUCAUUUUUCAUCAAGUCACAAAAUUAAUCUGCUGCUAAAAUGAAUGGGACUCCAAAUAUAUACAUCCAUGGAUCUGUGAAAAGGACUCAUUUGGGUAGAAAAUUUUUAGUAAUUUUUUGCAAAUGCAUGAAGGAAAAAAAAUCAAAAAAUUUUGGCGCAGGUGUGACUUUGAGAGCUCGCAAAUUGAAGGAGAUGAGUCCCAAAGUUCCAAGAAAAAAAUUCUCAGGUUGUAGAAAAAUGUGGCUUAAAUUUUGAAAAAAGUAAAGGAAAAUGUUUUCCCGGAAGAUGAGGUCCCCUUCCACAAAUUCGAUCACAUACGAAGCCUCAUAAUUUAAUCUUUAAUCAAUUUUAUCAAAGGACACAUUCUAGAGCCUAAAGAGUUCCUGAGUUUUCAUUUUUAUUUUUUCCCAUCAAAUUAAUGUGAGGAUGAAACAAACAUGCUCGCAAGUUAAAAUCAGAAAUGGGGUGGUUUAAUUCAGCGCAGACGAAGAAGAAUCCAUGAUGUAGAUUCGAGUCUAGAUUUUUUUCUACUUAAAGUUGAAUUGAUACUCAUCUUAAAGCCAUUUUACCAAAGAAAAAUUCAAAAUUUACCCAUCGCAAAACUAAUUUUAAAUAAGUUUGACCGAGAGUUGACGCAAAUUCUCAAUUUAAAUUCAUAUUAUCCUGUAUAGACAAAACAGUGGUCAUGAUUGAAUUGCUUUACGUAUCAUCUACCAUAAGCUUCUAUUUUACAUUUUCUCAAUCCUUGUGCUUUGUAUAUUUCCUAAUCGUGUAAAUAUUUUCCGCAGAGGAGAAUGAAGACGAGAGUACGGAAGCUGAUUGUAUCCUCGAGACUUCUUAACCAUCUCAAGAGUGUCAUUAGUAAGUUAGGAGUUUACUUUCUUACCCAACACUGAACCCCUUCUUGCACUUAACCCGAACAUAAUCCAGUAUUUUUGUUGUAUCUUGUAGCAGCAAUUAAUUAGUAGUAGAUAAGAACAGAGUAACCCUCAAAAGGGUUUUUUUGUAUCUGAACUGCAGAGGAUCGCGAUGAACCGCGUUACUUUUUUAUCCUGGGCCACUGCCUUGGUCCAGCCCGAUCCAUGCGAUCCAGUAAGAGGCUUAGAUCGUUCUUCCGUGGUGGUACCCGAGCAGUUACAUGCAAUCCUAACCUCAAGCUGAACUGCCUCUAAAUGCAGAUGAUCGAUCCAUUGCAAUGCAUGCGUUCGAUGGAUAAAAAGAAAGCCCUUAAAUUUCACCUUUAAAGUAGGCACCCAUCCUGCUUCUGAAGCUAUUGUUCAAACCGGCUAGUAUUCUAUUUUAUUUAUAUCUGUUAAUUUUUGAGAGAACGUCGCUUUUAAUUAUUUGUCAUGGUUUUUUUUAAUGAAUACUUUUUUGUUAAAAGAAAAACUCUGGUGAAGGGAAAGUUGCCAUUUGGAACAACCUGUACUUACUCAGUUCUUACUCAUCUCAUUCCUUUCAUACCCAGAACUGAAACGCAAGUCUUUUCCGGUAAAGACCAGGACUUGAAAAGUUUUAGAAAAUGGAAUCAUCGUCCUUCAAAAAUCAAUGGAGCAUUGUAGUCAAAGGGCAUGCAUGGAUUUUACUCAUACCUAUGAUAACUAAUAAAUUCAACCUAACGUUGUUUUUAAAAUGGUUGCAUUAUUAUUCUACCAAUGGAUGCUGCAAAUUUUGAGUAUAUUAAGAUCAGUAGGUGAAGUUUUUUUUUUACUGACUGUGUCUUCACUUACUCAGUAGGACAGUAAAAGUCACAGUGACUUCAUGAUGAGUGAUGGCAUCCAGAUAUUUACAGUCAGUCGCUCUGAAAUCUUGUUUGUUCACUUUGAAUGGUAGGGCAAUUAGCAUUUUCAGCGGGUUGUGAAGGAGAUCUAGGCAGCAAAUUCCUAUGGAGUGAUUAUUUCAGUUGCGGGCUGAUUCUUGAAAUUGAGAGACAAAGCGAUAGACGAAGAUAACUUGGAAAAUACAGAGCUGUCUCAUUGAUUGAAACAAGUGAUUGCGAUGGACAAAGGAGGCGGCAAUUGAUUAACUAAAGGCAUUCCCUGAGGGACCCUAUAGUUAGUCCAUCAUUUUCCCUCCUUUGUCUUUAACAACCAACCGUUUCCACCAAUAGAAUCUAUCCAUAUCUCUUUUGUAUUCUUUUUCUAUAGCUUUAUCUGUCAAUUUCAAUGAUCAGCCCACUGUUGAUUUUCCCUCUUGACUUCCCCUUUACACUUUUAUCAAUCCAACUUAAUUUUUUUUACUAUAAUCCUCAAAACUUGUCAGUAUUUUUUAAUUGCUGUUACAAUAUAGUUAGAUUAAAAUUUCAAUGGCCCCUUUUUUUAUAUUCAUGAUAUUCACAAGAUCUUUCGCUUCAAGAACGAAAACCCAACCCUCUUAUUUAUGUACGUAGGUUUCCAUUGAAGAAAUCAUAACUUCAAGCCAUUUCCCCUUUUUUAGAUGAAAAAAAUACUUUUUAUUUUUGCAUUUAAAUUUACUUCUAUUUUUCACGUUUGUUUAUAAUCUGUAAUAACCUUUGCUAUUGAUUUUUAAUUAAGGGUAUCAUAAACUUAGUUUUAGGAUCAAAAUCUAUGUCUGUGCGAUGUACAUUCGGGUCUUUAAUUGAAGUAUUUUAUCCAGAAAACUCGCCUCUGUCAAUGAAAUGGUCAACCUUGUAGUUAAGGAGACCAUUGUUUACUUCUCUUAAAUAUUCAAAAUUAAGAUUGAAGACCUUGAGAACUUGAAUUAUCCUUGUUAUUGAACGGUUUCUGUAAUUUGGAAAAGGGUAUAAGUUCUAUGGGAGCUUUAUGGCAUUUAAAAUCUGGAACAUAGAGAAGUAAGUCUCCUACGCACAUUCUGAAGUCCACAACUCAAACACUGUUUCUUUUUUGUCAUUUUAUCACGUGGAGUGCGUCAGAUAUUUAAUUUUUCCUCUUGAUAUCCUGCAUUUUUCUUGCUUGCAGUAACUUAAAUAACGCAGUAAUUUCUUAAGUCCAAGAACGUUGGACUUUUCUCUACUUUUUUUAUGUGAUAGGGGUGCAGAUUUGCCUAUCUUAGCACUAGUUAAAAUUACCUGAGAAGUGGUUUGAUCCAAAACAUUCCUCUUUACAAGGAAUGGCUUUUUUUGUGGAGAAGUCGUCAAAAUUGCACGAUUUUUUAAGAGAAGGCUUCUCAGAAUUAAUGACAAUCUUAUUC